UCAGCUGAUUUCAAACAAUUGCAAUUAUUAUAAAAGAUCUACGAAAGCGUGCGAUAUGCAUCAAAGUCGUUCAUAUCGUCGAGCAAUUAACAUCAGCUCACAAAAUUUUUUACCACAGAAAAAGUUCAAAAUAUUCAAAAAAUAUGGCCAAUAAAUUUGUUCUCAUCGCUUUGUUCGCCUGUGCCGCUGUAGCGAACGCUGGUCUACUGCCCGCCGCUGGCUUUGCUCCUGGCUUCGUCGCACCCUAUGCGUCAUCGUUCAAUGCUCAUCACAUUAAUCACGCUGUAGCAUUGCCAGUUGCUCCACCCGCAGUGCCAGUUGCUGCACCGGCACCCUUCGCAGUGGCUGCCCCACCAAGAGUAGCCUUUGCUGCUCCCGCUCCAGUAGCAGCGCCUCUUGCAUUCGCUCCCAAAGUGGCUUUGGCCGCACCAGCACCGGUUGCCUUCGCUGCCCCCGCCAGAAUAGCAGCUCCGAUCGCUGCACCUUUGGCUGCUCCUCUGCCUUUCGCUCCGGCGCCACUCCACUACGCCCCAGCACCUUUGCGUUUCGCUGCGCCAGCACCAUUCCUGGGUUAGACCAAUUCAACUACCUGAACUAUAUAGAUUUGUAAAUACGCUAAUUAUGGUUAAAUUAUUGCAAGGAAUGAAUAUCCUUAGACUUUGAAUUAACGCUUCUUGGAGAAAAUGUACAAAAUAUAAAUAAACGAAAAAAAAUAUUACAUUUAACGAAAA